ACUGGGUUGGUUGGUGUUGCUGGCAAAUUCACAAUAGUCUAGACAAAAGGCUUCUUGUUUUCUAGAAUUGGUUGCUAGUGGCGGAAGGACUUAGGAUUUUCUCCUCAAAAUAGCGGAGUUUGGAGAUGUUUAACAGAGCUCUACUGAUUUUGGGUUUCAAUUGGGUACAUUAUUUAAAAAUUCUCGAAUUUAGCAACUGAAUGUUGCCUUUAGCUCAUAAGAUGGAGGUCUCCAUGAGCGUUUUCUAGGAGCUGUAGCUUUCACCCCUUGUCAUAAACUAUAAAUUGCAUCAGUAAGAGGUCAGGUACUGAAUGUGUUAUUGCACUUGGCAUUGCUGAACAGCAGUUUUGCUCUAUUGGCUUGUAUUUUGACCCAUCAUAAAAGUUUUAUGAUCUCUAUCAAUGAAGCACUUGUGGAAGGUGAAAUUGAACUUAAUUUUAGUUAUGUCAGGUUGAACUCAGCUCAAGGAACUAGAAGUCCAAUGAGGAACCCCAAGCGUUCUAGCAGUUCCAGUGGUGAAGGUGUUCCUCACAGUAAUAACGAUUCAGAAGAAAAGAGUUGUCAAUGCUCAUCAGGUGCACCUGAGCUUAACAAUUGUGCUUCAGGUGGCUCAGAAAACUGGAUGCUUCUUUCUAUAACUGGAGAAAAACCUACACCUCGCUUCAAUCAUGCAGCAGCUGUAGUUGGGAACAGGAUGGUGGUUGUCGGUGGAGAAACUGGUAGCCGGUUGUUAGAGGAUGUGCAGGUGCUAAAUUUUGAUAGCUUUUCCUGGACAACAGCUUCAUCAAAGCUCUACCUCUCGCCCACCAGUCUUCCUCUAAAAAUCCCAGCAUGCAAGGGCCAUGCUUUGGUUCAAUGGGGGAAAAAGAUUCUUAUGGUUGGAGGAAAAACUGACCCUGCAAGUGACAAAAUCUCAGUCUGGGCAUUUGACAUUGAAACUGAAUGCUGGUCACUUCUGGAAGCGAAAGGAGACGUUCCGGUUGCGCGUAGUGGUCAUACUGUCCUUAGAGCAAGCUCAGUUUUGAUAUUAUUUGGGGGUGAAGACGCGAAGAGGAGGAAGCUAAAUGAUAUGCAUAGGUUUGAUCUUAAAUCCCUGACAUGGCUGCCGCUUCAUUGCACGGGAACAGGUCCAUCUCCAAGAUCAAACCAUGUGUCUGCCCUCUAUGAUGAUAAGUUGCUCCUGAUUUUUGGUGGAUCAUCGAAGUCCAGGACGUUAAAUGACUUAUACACUCUUGACUUUGAGACGAUGGCGUGGUCAAGAAUUAAAAUACGUGGAUUCCAUCCUUCACCUAGAGCUGGUUGUUGUGGAGUGCUCUGUGGAACUAAAUGGUAUAUUGCUGGGGGUGGUAGCAGGAAAAGAAGACAUGCUGAGACUCUAAUAUUUGAUGUUAUAAAACUUGAAUGGUCUGUUGCUGUUGCUUCACCAGCUUCUUCUAUCACAACCAACAAGGGAUUCAGCCUCGUCCUUGUGCAGCAUAAGGAAAGGGAUUUUCUUGUGGCUUUUGGCGGUUUCAAGAAAGAUCCAUCAAAUGAGAUUGAGGUACUCAGUAUGGAAAAAAAUGAAUUGUCAAUGGGUCGCAGAUCAAGCUUAAGUAAAGCUGCUGGGAACUUGCUAUCUGGGAAUCGUUUGACAUCCACUGGGCCUGCUUCUCAGCAAAUUAAUUCUACCUCUCAUGUGGAUUCUAUAGCGAGACAGAAUCUAGCCUCUGCGGUUGAGCAUCAUGGCUCUGGUAGAAAAUCAUUGUCAGAGUCUUUACUCAUUGAUCCUAGUUCUGUGUCUGGUAAUGUCUCACUUCGCAAGCAAUUUUCCAAUGACGAAAACGCUGGUGCAAAGAUGACCAAGACUUCGGGCGAUGAAAGUCCUUCACAGGAACAAGAAGCAAAACAACUUGACAUAGGAAUCAAAACAAGCAGCAGUGGACGUAAAAUUAUGGCUGAGGAGAUGUCUACUAUCUCUGAAUCUGGACAUUUGUCUACUCAUCACGGACAAGCAAGUGGAAACUUUUUUCAAGACACUGAUGAUUUUGUCUCCCAAGAAGGUGAUUAUAAAGCUGGAUUACUAGCUUCAUCAGGUGCUUGUCAGCAGUAUGAAGCAAAAAUUUCUGCCCUAAUGAGGAAGAACGGAAUUCUAGAAGGACAGCUGGAAGCUGCAUUGGCUGGCCAUGAAGAAGCAGAGAAAAAACUAACUUCUGCUCUGAAAAGUAAACAGGACAUGGAAAAAAAGAUGGCUGACGCUGUAAAGGAGAUGGAGUUGCUUAAAGAAAAGCUAGCUAGUGUUGAAUUGGCCCAGGAAGAGGCUAACAGUUUAUCCAACAUCGUCCACUCUGAUAAUGUCAGGCUUGAGCAUGAUGUGGCUUUCCUCAAAGCAGUUAUGGAUGAUACACAGAAGGAACUGCAUACAACAAGGGGAGUCCUUGCUGGAGAAAGGGCAAGAGCUUUCCAGUUGCAGGUUGAAGUUUUCCAUUUAAAACAAAGAUUGCAGUCACUGGAGAAUCGAUCUCCAACACCUCGGAAGCCUUUCCACGUUUAGAAUAUACAGCAUGGCAUUUUGUAUAUUAGUUGCGAUAAGAUUAUGUACAUAUAUUUUAGGUUUCAAUUGUUAAUUAUCUGUAUUGGCUCGUUUUAGGAAAGAAUGAAACGCCAACUAUCCAGAUUGCUUAAGCCUGCAACAUAGUUCACUCGACUAACUAAAUUUUGUACAUUGCAUACUACAAUGUUGUACAUUGGCUGCAAUUCCUAUUGUACUAUAUUUCAUAUCAAGUCGUAGACCAAA